CCGAGAAGCCCUUUAUACUAGCAUAUAUACAGAAGAGCUUCUAUUGCAAGCUGAGUUUGCUGUGGAAUGAAGACGCAUCUCUUUGAAUACAAAAGGUUCCUUAUCAGCCCCUACUGCGAUUGGCUUUCGGCCUUUGUAUUCUGCUUCCCAUAACAAUCUACACACCUAGUUUCUUAGCACAAUUGGUUCAAUCUGACAUUUCUAAGCAGCGCUUUAUCACUGAAUAUAAUACCGCACUUCUAAACCUGCGCCACUGUUUAUUUUGACUGAGUUAUAUCGGAACCUUGCGGAACUAUCCUCCUUAUGAUCAACUAGUGGAAGAGAUGAAUUAUCCAGCAUCAAUGAAUGAGUUCACUUCGGCGACUUUCUUCUCUUUUCUCGUGAUAUUUCCCACUGUCGCACACUUGAUUUUCAGGAAUCAUGAGCCCACGGCAAUCCAUUACCUAUGCUCUCAAGCGGUUCUAUUCUUGCUGUUGGAGAUUGGGUUUCAAAAUUCAUUUUUUACUGGUUUAUUAACUCUUUCAGCAUUCAAUUUAUCUCUGGCUGCCCAAAUAGCUUUCUAUCGUCUAUUCUGGCAUGAUUUAAGGUCUUUCCCUGGACCAAAGUUGGCAGCACUCACCCAAGCAUGGAUAUUGAGGGAAGCAUACUUAGGGCGAACACGUUUUACGAUGAAGGAACUGGGUGAAAAGUAUGGAGAAUGGGUUCGAAUCGGUCCUAAUGAGCUCUACACGACUAGUAUAGAGGCUUUGUAUACCAUCAUGGGUGCGAAAGGAUGGCCCAAAGGUCCUUCAUAUGAUAGCGGAAUUACAAAGGGUGACUUAGGAGGAGAUAGUGUUUUAACCAUCAAGUCAUUGCCUGAGCACGCUACUAGAAGGAGAAUAUGGAAUAAGGCGUUUACACCGAAAGCUAUCGCCGAAUAUCUCCCAUCAAUCGAAAACCGCCUUGAUGAAAUGAUCGGUGUCAUAGAUGAUCACGUAAAACAAAAGAGGAAUGUCGACUUGUGUUUACAAUUGGGUUGUUUUGUUUAUAACACGAUGUGUGACAUGGCCUUUGGAGCACCUGCCGGAACAGGCUUAUUAAAGAAUCAGGGGGAAAAGCAUCGGAUAUUAACCCACAUGGGACGAGUGGUUCGGCAAGUUGGGAUUGUUCGCAACAUGCCUUGGCUGACACCACUAGUCAAAGCGUGGCCUAGUACUCAAAGAAAAGAGCAGUCUGAGUUCAGGGAUUUUACCAAGUCAAUGUUCCUAAGACGCAGGAAUCAGGGAUUCGGGUCUCAAUUGGAUGUAUUUCACUAUUUGCUAGGAGAGGAUACCGAGACUGGAACAAGAUUGACCGCAGCGGAAUUGGCAGCAGAUUCAACUUUAUUAGUGAUCACGGGAUCAGAUACAACCCGAACGGUCUUUCUUGUGUUUUUCUUAUAUAUGUUGAAGCACCCGAGCUACAUGGAAGAAUUGCAGGCAGAAUUGAUAGCUGCACCCGAUUUGUCUCCGCCCACGCUUGCACGACUUCCGUACUUGAAUGCAUGUCUUCAAGAAACCAUGCGAAUGCAGCCUCCUUCGCCGGCAAAUCUUCAGCGCAUGUGCCCUCCCGGAGGCGCUGUAAUCUGUGGGAGACACAUUCCUGAAGGAACCAAAGUCCGCUUUAGCAACUAUGCGAUUCAGCGGGAUGAAAGAUAUUUCCAUGAUCCAGAUGAAUUUCGUCCUCAACGAUGGCUAAGAAACGCGGAAGAAAAGUUGCGCGAAGGAGAAGACACCGAAAGACUCAACGAGAAAGCAUUCUUUAGUUUUCUAAUUGGUCCUGGAGCUUGCGUUGCAAAAAAUUUGGCAUGGAUGGAGAUGAGAUUGGUUGUCGCCACUUUAUUAACAAGCUACGAUGUCGCGUUUGCCAAAGGCUUUGAUCCUGUAGCUUUUGAAGCUUCCUGGACCGACGCUUACCUGUUGCUAAUCGAAGAUCCCUUUGAAGUCACAUUUACACCGAAAGCCGGUCGACUGAGGUAGCACUGCAGCUUCCUGAAAAUCUCAUACAUCUGACUCUGAGAUCAACAGUCCCACCAUUUUUAUUUGACUACAGAACACGUCAUGCACGUUUUUAAGAAAUCAAGGCAGCAUAUCAUUCAAUUUUCAAAAUCCGAUUGAAAAUAGUGGUGUAGGCUCUGUUGGAGUUAGCUUAUCUCAGUUGUCAAUCUCAGCAUGAAAACACGCUUUUUUCUCUGUCUUGUUCAGCAUUGUAUGUACAACACAAUUGUCAUGUUCAGAAACAAAGUUUUUAGUUACAACUUACAGCCCAUCAGUGGCAUAAUCUUUGAAAGACCUGAAAGGAAAUUGGUUCAUUCUAUCC